AUGCACCGACGACCGACUUGGAGGAUCCAAAAGUCAAGUUCUGUUGAAAAUUUUACAUCGAACUAUCAUGCAUGAUGCCACUUUGAGGGAGGAGAGGAGAGUGAGAGAGUGAGAGAGAUCAGUGAGCUGGUUGUUCUAUAUAUUCUGGUUCUGAGACUGAUACUGCUUCAUGCAAUAUUAAUUAUUUAUUAAUUAAUUCUUAGCUGGGGGGUUCUUGAUCUCUCAGGGGCCAGGGCGCUAACUCUACUAUAAAUAGAGUUGUCAUGGUUGUUGCAUGAAGCAAUGCAAACACGCUUCUCAUGAUCAUUUCCUUUCUUCUCUUUCAUAUAUAGGAGAGAUGGGGAAGUUUCCGAAACAUGUUCCAGUAGUGUUAGUUCUAACUUUGUUGGCGGUGGCUUUGUUGGUUGUGAGAAUAGCAGAAGGAAGAAGGCUUGAGGAAGACACCAUUGAUCAUGGAGGAUUUGGCAAGGGACAUGGCGGCGGCGGCGGCUUUGGUGGUGGAGGUGGCCAUGGAGGGGGUUUUGGUGGAGGGGGCGGUGCUGGAGGAGGGAAAGGAGGUGGGAUAGGUGGCGGCAUUGGUGGUGGUGGAGGGGGAGGCAAAGGAGGGGGUGCAGGUGGAGGUGGUGGCGCCGGAGGUGGAUUUGGCGGUGGUGCUGGUGGAGGCGGAGGCAUCGGUGGCGGUGCUGGAGGUGGAAAAGGCGGUGGGUUUGGGGGUGGUGCUGGUGGAGGCGGAGGCGUCGGUGGCGGUGCUGGAGGUGGAAAAGGCGGUGGGUUUGGCGGUGGCGCCGGAGGUGGGGUUGGAGGUGGUGCUGGUGGAGGCGGAGGCAUAGGUGGCGGUGGUGGAGGUGGAAAGGAGGUGGGUUUGGCGGUGGUGUUGGUGGAGGCGGAGGCGUCGGUGGCGGUGCUGGAAGUGGAAAAGGCGGUGGGUCUGGCGGUGGCGCUGGAGGUGGUGCUGGUGGAGGAGGAGGCAUAGGUGGCGGUGUUGGAGGUGGAAAAGGUGGUGGGUUUGGCGGUGGCGCCGGAGGUGGAAAAGGGGGUGGGGUUGGAGGUGGUGUUGGUGGAGGCGGAGGCAUUGGUGGGGGGGCUGGAGGUG